CCUCGCCCAGCCGAAGGACCCGGGCCCUCCGCCUCUGGGUGCUGGACCUGAGUGCAAACCAUGAACAUGCGCCCCCCUGCCCUGGACAGACGCGCCAGUAAAAGGCACCCUCGGCUGCCCAGGUUGGGCUCCCUGUCUUCCCUGGGCGAUUCAGCCGUGGAGAGGCACUCGCCCAGCCACCACCGCCAGCCCUCCGACUCCGGGGAGACCACAGGGCUGGUCCAGCGCUGCGUCAUCAUCCAGAAGGACGAACAUGGCUUCGGCUUCACCGUCAGUGGGGACCGCAUUGUCCUGGUGCAGUCCGUCCGGCCAGGCGGAGCCGCCAUGAAGGCCGGGGUGCAGGAAGGCGAUCGGAUUGUCAAGGUGAAUGGGAUGGUGGUCACCAACACCUCCCACCUGGAAGUGGUGAAGCUCAUCCGAUCUGGCGCGUACGUUGCUCUCACCCUGUUGGGGUCCCCUCCUUCGUCUCUGGGCUUCCUGGGGUCGCAGCAUGACCGGCCACAGGCAGGCACCCCGCACAUCGCCUGCCCACCGCCACCGCCACUGCCGCCGGCCCCCCACUGGGUCACCGCUGGGCCAAAGCCGCCUCAGGACCCCGAAGUCCAGAAACACGCCACGCAGAUCCUCAGGAAAAUGCUCCAGCAGGAAGAGGCCGACUUACAGCGAUGUUACGAGAUCUACAGCCAGAGUCCCGCCUCUUUGCUGGAGGAGCAGAUCGAGGGGGCUCGGCGGAGGGUCGCCCAGCUACAGCACAAGAUCCGGCAGGAGAUGGGGGAGCUGGUGGACGGCCCCCGGUGGCCCAGCGAUCCCGGCUCCUUCAGCGCCCGGGGGACGGAGGGCGGCCUCUCCAUCGACUCCCAGGAUGGCGACAGCGGCCUGGACUCCGGCACGGAGCGCUUCUCUUCUUCCGUGAGCGAAAUCUCCCUCAACCGGAACUCCGUCCUUUCCGAUCCUGGCCUGGGCAGUCCCCACACCUCGCCCGUUGCCGCCUCGCGGCUCUUCAUGCACCAUCGACGCCAAGGCUCCGACACCCCCUUCUUGCACUCCACGGAGCAGAGUUUGGAUCACAUACUCCGAACUUCCAUCAUCGGUCCGGAAGAGGAUUACGACCCAGGAUACUUGGACAACGAGAACGACUCUCUGUUCCAAGAUUUGGGGAAGCUGAAGACGCGGCCGGCUCACCUAGGAGUUUUCCUGCGCUACAUCUUCUCUCAAGCGGACCCCAGCCCCCUGCUCCUGUACUUGUGCGUGGACGUCUCCCAGCAGAUGAGCCCCAAGGAGGCCCGGGCGCUGAGCAAGGACAUCUGGCACAUUUUCUUGGACAAGGCCGCCCCCCUGAGAGUCACGGUCCCCGACCAGCUGUUGGUGGAAAUUGAGGCUCACCUGCGCAACGGAGAGGACCCCCAGGAGGCUUUCUUGGAGGUCCAGGAGGCCGUCAUGCCUGAGAUCCAGGAGCAGAUCCAGGACUACAGGACAAAGCGUACGAUGGGUCUGGGGAGCCUCUAUGGGGAGAACGACCUCCUGGAGUUGGACGGGGAGCUCCAGAAGGAACGGCAGGUGGCCGAGAAGCAGAUGGCGCAGCUGUGGGACAUCCUAUCCAAAUAUGAAGAUCGGAGCUCCCCCAUGAGCUUUGCCCUGAAGACCUACAUGAGCCACGUGGGCAUCUGCCCUCGGGAGUCUCGCCCGGCCAGCGUUGUGGAGAAGUCCCAGGAGAAAGACAAGUGGCUUCCCUUCUUCCCCAAGGCCAAGAAGAGCAGCAGCAGCAGCAAGAAGGAGGCCGCCGUGGAGGACAAGAAGCGGAACCCCAUCCUGAAGUACAUUGCAAAGCCCAAGAGCGCCUCCCAGAGCACAUUUCAUGUCCCUCUGUCCCCCGUGGAAGUUAAACCUGGCAGCGUCCGGACCAUCAUCCAGCAUUUUGAGAACAGCCAGGAGUGCCAGGAGGCUGCCCUGCAGCGCCUCUCCACGGGCAGCUUCCCGGAAGACCUCCUGGACUCGGACGGUUCCAGGGCCGAGGUCCGGCUGGGCCGCUCGGAGAGCCUGAAGGGCCGGGAGGAGCUCAGGCGGCUGCGCAAGGCCGAGAACGUCCCCCGCUCCCGCAGUGAUGUCGACAUGGAUGCGGCCGCCGAAGCCGCUCGGCUCCACCAGUCCACCUCCUCCUCCGCCUCCAGCAUCUCCACCCGGUCCCUGGAAAACCCCACCCCACCCUACACUCCCAAAAUGGGGCGCAGGAGCAUCGAGUCCCCCAGUCUGGGCUCCAGCUCGGAGGCCUUCCUGCCCCACUUGCUGGAGGACGAGCUGGGACAGUUCUCGGACCUCGAAAUGGAGCUGGACUCCCAGAACUGGCAGCACACGGUGGGACGGGAGGCGGCUGCCCAGCUGCCUCAGCAGGAGGUCGACCGCCAGGAGGUCAUCAAUGAGCUCUUUGUGACGGAGUCCUCCCACCUGCGGACGCUCCGCGUGCUCGACCUGCUCUUCUACCAGCGCCUGAGGAGGGAGGGGCAGCUGUCGCGGGAGGAGCUGGCGCUGCUCUUCCCCAACCUUCCGGAGCUGAUCGAGAUCCACAAUUCCCUCUCGGAAUCCAUGAAGAAGCUGCGGGAGGAGGGGCCGGUGGUGAAGGAGGUUGGGGACCUGAUGCUUUCGCGGUUCGAUGGGGCUGCGCUUGAGGAAUUCCAGCAAGUGGCUGCAGAGUUCUGUGCCUACCAGUCGAUGGCGCUGGAGCUGAUCCGGACCAAGAAGCGGAAGGAGACGCGGUUUCAGCAGUUCAUGCAGGAGGCCGAGAGCCACCCGCAGUGCCGCCGGCUGCAGCUGAAGGACCUCCUCAUCUCCGAGAUGCAGCGGCUGACCAAGUACCCGCUCCUGCUGGACAGCCUCAUCAAGCACUCCUCAGGGCAGCCCGAGGACCGCCGGAAGCUCUGCCGGGCCCGGGACCAGUGCCGGGAGGCCCUGCGCUACGUCAACGAGGCCGUCAAGCAGGCGGAGAACCAGCAGCGCCUGGAGUCCUACCAGAAGCGCCUGGACGCCACCUCCCUGGAGCGGACCAGCAACCCCAUCGCAGCGGAGUUCAAAAACCUGGACCUGCGAGGCCGCCGGAUGAUCCACGAAGGUCCCCUCCUCUGGCGCAUCAGCAAGGACAAGACUCUGGACCUGCAGGUGCUGCUCCUGGGAGACCUGCUGGUGCUGCUGCAGCGUCAGGACGAGCGGCUGGUGCUGAAGUGCCACAGCCGGACGGUGCUGGGCUCCUGCGACCCCAAGCAGACCUUCAGCCCCGUCCUCCGCCUCGGCUCCGUCCUCAUCCGCUCCGUGGCCACCGACAAGCGCGCCCUCUUCAUCAUCUGCACCUCCGAACUGGGCCCCCAGAUCUACGAGCUGGUCGCCUCCACCUCCCUGGAGAAGAACACGUGGAUGGAGCUCCUGGAGGAGGCGGUCAAGAGCGCCACGCAGGCGGCCCCCCUGCCCCCGCAGCCCCACGCCCGGCAGCUGUGCCCCCACCAGCCGGCCCCAACCAGCUUCAUCUUCCCAGAUGCCGAGAUGGCCCCCCGGCUGGACCGAGCGAGCAGCCCCCCCAGCUGUGAAACCGAGAAUGAGGAGGGAGGGGCCUCAGACCACACUCCGACUGAAGCCUCUGCAGCUGAGCGGCUGGAGGGGGGGCACCCAGAGGAGGAGGAGGAGGAGGAGGAAGGCAACCCGCCCACCACCGCACCUGUGUUGCCCCUCCUGGAAGAAGCCCCCCCUCAGAGGCCCACCUGCUUGGAGAGCAUGGCCGAAUCCGCCCUGGGGGACGUGGAGACCCUGCGGAGGCUCCUUCUCCACAGCUUCCUGCCCUGCCAGGACUCCGAGCCCGAAGACGACCUGACCCCCACCCCUUCGGGGGCCGGCCGCAACCGGCACUGGGGCUGGGCCAGCCAAGAGGAGCCCUCCGAGGGCCCCCAGGCGCCUCUUCUCCCUGGCCCUCUGGAGCCGGACGAGCAGGGAUGUGUGAGCGGGCCCCCAUCCUCGGGCCCCACAAGCCACCCGGGGCCUGGCGAGGGCCUGGAGGAGGUGGGGGCCCCUGCAGUCCAGGCAGGCAACCAGCAGCCUGAGACUCCCAGCUGCUACCUGGUGGUGCGGAAAGCUGAGGUGGAGGGGAGUGAAAGUGCUCGGCUCUUGAUGGAGAAAGACACCGGAGCCCCCCCUAACACAGAUGGAAACACUUUCUACUUAAGCCUGCCGGCCGACUCCACACAGCCCCCAGCAGGUGCCCACAGCCUCGGGGAGGCAGAGGGGGCUUUCAGCCAGGCCCCCUCCUUGCCUCCGGUGGUCCCUUUGCCCGCAGGCUGCCAGGAGAGACCCAGGGAGACCCUGGCAAGGUGGCCCAGCCCAGCAGAGCUCCCUGCGCCCAGCCAGGGCACCUGGGAGCCGGAGGCCGUCUUCCGGACAAUAGAGCAACUCACCCUCAAGCUGACCAAGCUGAAGGACGUGGAAGGAGCCUAUCAGCAGCUGCUGUUCCGGCAACCGCCGCCAAAGGGCCAGUGCACCGCCGAAGCCACGCCUGGGCAGGGAAGCGCCUCAUUGCCAGAGCCAAGCCGGAUGUUGCCCAACACCCACCGGGGGUCCAGAAUCAGCCACCCCUCUCUGCCCUCCUCCCCACAGUCCCCGGUGGCUGCUAAGCCUGAUGUGAACGGGCUCUCUCUCGCCCUGCCCGAAGACGGCUCCCAGGAAGUGUCCCUGUAGGGCAGGAGGGCCUCCGCCAAGGAAGGAAGGAAGGAAACGGCACCUCCAGGCGAUGCCUCCUUCGUCCUCCCACCCGGCCUGUGCUGGAGAGGCGGGGGGGGGGGGCAUGGAUGGGACCGGGAGCGGCCAGGGUGAAAAAUGGCGAAACCAAGGAGCAAGCGGAGGAAAGCGGGACGCCGCCUGGUGGGAAAGGACAGGCGUCGGCUUCUGUUCCGUGGAGACAUCCCGAGGCUUCCCCAACGCGAGCGAAGGCAGACUUUCCGCUCUUUCCCCCGAAACGUUAAGGAGCCCCGGUCCCCCCCGCCGGCUGACUUUGGGGUCCAGCCCUUCGUUUUGUCCCCUAGAUGGAUGGAGCGGUUGCACAUUUGGGUGUGCCCGAGAGACGUGUAGAUACACGCACGCCCUGCAGAGGACAGCGGGAGUAUAUUCUGUACAAUUGCACUUUUGUUUCCCUUUAACAUCUUCUCUCCGUGGGGAGGAGAGUCUCACCAGGAGGCCCUGCAGCCCCCAGACCUUCUCCUCCCCAGGGGGUAUAAAUAUGUAUGUAUGUGCAUUGAGGUUUUGUAAAUACGAUAGACGGUUGUUCCCUGUG